AUGGAAGAGGAUCUGAGGCGGGAAGAUGCGAGUGAGUUAGAGGGAGAGAUGAUGAACGGAGCACUCCCUGUGACACCCUCUCAUGCCAUCACUCCCUCACUUCCUGUGACACCCUCUCAUGCCAUCACUCCCUGUGACACCCUCUCAUGCCAUCACUCCCUCACUCCCUCACUCCCUGUGACACCCUCUCAUGCCAUCACUCCCUCACUCCCUGUGACACCCUCUCAUGCCAUCACUCCCUGUGACACCCUCUCAUGCCAGCACUCCCUCACUCCCUCACUCCCUGUGACACCCUCUCAUGCCAUCACUCCCUCACUCCCUGUGACACCCUCUCAUGCCAUCACUCCCUGUGACACCCUCUCAUGCCAGCACUCCCUCACUCCCUCACUCCCUGUGACACCCUCUCAUGCCAUCACUCCCUCACUCCCUGUGACACCCUCUCAUGCCAUCACUCCCUCACUCCCUGUGACACCCUCUCAUGCCAUCACUCCCUCACUCCCUGUGACACCCUCUCAUGCCAGCACUCCCUAUGACACCCUCUCAUGCCAUCACUCCCUGUGA